GUUGUGAAGCAUCCAUCUAAAGUGAUAGAAUUACAGUUGAAGAAAAAAGGAUUUGAGAUGUUUCCAGGACAAUAUGUGUUUUUACAAUGUUCUAAGAUAUCAAGAUUAGAAUGGCAUCCAUUUACUCUCACAUCUGCACCUGAAGAGGACAAUUUUAGUGUUCAUAUUCGUCUAGUUGGUGAUUGGACAGAGGCUCUGGCUAAAGCAUGCAGAGCUGAUGAAUUGGAAUUCCAAGAAGCAUGGAAGAUGCCUAGUUUGUCAGUAGAUGGUCCAUUUGGUACAGCAAGUACUGAUAUAUUUGAGUAUAAUGUGGGUGUGUGUAUAGCAGCUGGUAUUGGAGUCACUCCAUUUGCUUCAAUAUUGAAAUCAAUAUGGUACAAGUAUUUGAAUCCUGAUUUUGAACUUAAACUACAAAAAGUUUAUUUUUACUGGAUAUGUCCCGAUACCAAUGCAUUUGAAUGGUUUUCGGAUUUACUGCAAUAUUUAGAAACACAAAUGAAGGAACAAGGCAAAGCAGAAUUUCUGGAUUAUAAUAUAUACUUGACAAGAGGAUGGAAUCGCAAUCAGGCAAGAAAUAUUUACUUACAUGAGGGAGAUAGUUCUGACAUAGUGACCGGACUCGCACAAAAGACAUUAUAUGGCAGACCAAAUUGGGAUCAAGUGUUUCCUGCUAUUAGCAAUGCACAUCCAAGUAAAAAUGUUGGUGUGUUCUUCUGUGGACCUAAAGUGCUAUCCAGUACAUUACACAAGAAAUGCAAUGAAUAUUCCACUAUCAAAGCUGAUGGUGCACGAUUUCAUUACAACAAGGAGAACUUUUAA